AUGGCUGAACAAUCCAAUUCUGGGCAUAGCUCUAUGAUGGAAGGGGUCGCCAACCCGGAGCCUGACAAGAGAGACAGACAAGGGAGAAAGCGGAGACAGGAGGGACUACGCAUAGGAGAGAAUCGUGGGGAUCAAAUCUUAUACCUGCGUACACAUGUGUAUUCAGUAGUAUUGGCCUCCAUACUUAUUUACCGCUUGGCUUGCUAUAAACGCUUUGUACAAUAUGUUAACUUCCCUCAAUUGCCUUCGUCUCUGCUUCUGGGGCAUCUGAAAGUGUACAAUGAUAUCACUCAGCGCCGAUCCCUAGACCGCGAUCAUGGUAAAUACAAUGAGCCGCUUUAUGAAUACAACAUGUUCCUCAUACACGAUAUCCUUGGACGACCAACCCUUGUUUUGAUGGAUUUUCGGCCGAUCUGUCGUCCUGUGGUCUUCAUUGCUUGCCAUGAAGUUGCAGAGCAGAUAUCGAGGCCCACAAGCCUGUUUCGAACAAGCGUCCCUAAAGUUGACCUUGGUUACCUGAAACCCGUUAUAGGGCCAACAUCAAUACUUUCGGCCGAAGGUGAUAAGUGGAAAGCGUUACGGAGGACGUUUAAUCACGGGUUUUCCUUACAGCACCUUCUAACCCUCUUACCCACAAUACUUAACAAGACAAUGAUUUUUGUCAAACAUUUAGACAGAUUAUCAGAGUCGGGGGCCGAAAAAUCUCUCGUAUCGCUCACCGUAAAUUUGACGUACGACAUUAUAGGUGCCGUUAUCUUGGAUAUAGACAUGGACGCUCAGCACACGGAUCCAUGCCAGCGAGGGGAGCUAGUGCGGGCAUUCACGGACCUCCUAGACGCCUACUGGGACGACAAGAUUCAUUUACCAUGGUGGUUUAACCCCUUUGGUGAGCUCAGACGUCGACGCCUAGGGAAACGCGUUGACACAAUUCUAAAAUCCAUCGUUCGUCGCAAGCACGAGGAACAGCAGCAGGCGCACCGAACAGGACAAAAGACUCAGUCGCUACCGUCAAGCAUCAUCUCUCUCAGCCUCCAAGAUACGCCAGUGCUUUCGCAGGAAGUCCUAGAUCGGACUUGCGAUCAGCUGCGGACCUUUCUCCUGGGCGGCCACGACACGCCCAGCGCUACUCUCGCAUGGGUCUUCUACGAGCUAUCGCGUACUCCACGCUCUCAAUCGGCGGUCCGGGCUGAGCUUGACGUACUGUUUGGACCCGGCACCGACGCUGACGCCGUUCGCACGCAGCUCGCCUCGCCUGCGGGGCCGGAACUUCUCAGUCGCAUGUCCUAUAUUACGGCCGUCAUCAAGGAGACGCUCCGAUUGCACACGCCCGCUUCCACGGCCCGGAGAUCGCCUCCUGGCACUGGACUCGUGGUCCGUACACCCACGGGUGAAAAUCUAAAUAUGGACGACGUAAUCAUCUACAAUUGCAAUUCCAUCAUCCAUCGCGACCGGGUCAUAUUUGGGGCCACAGCCGACAAUUUCAUGCCGGAGCGGUGGCUGGACGACAGCAACAACAAAACUUCAAUUCCACCUACUGCGUGGAGGCCGUUUGAACGAGGACCUCGUGCCUGCAUCGGCCAGGAGUUUGCCAGUAUCGAGAUGCGCAUCAUCAUUGCCGUCGUGGCUCGGCAAUAUGAAUUCAGCAAGGUCGGGCUCGGCGAACUGGCUUUGGAUGCUACGAGCGGCCUUCCAAUACUGCGUCACGAUGCCAGGCCGGUGGACGGUAUAAUGAUGAAAGUGAAAAGAGUCAAAGAAGAUGAUUUGUAA